AUGGGUGCGGAUUCUCUCUACAGAAAUAGUUUCAGCCUCAGUGAUGAAAAGCUUAACUCUCCAACUGCAUCUACUCCAAGCUUGCCAUCUCCAUCAGUAACUCCAUGUAAAGCAAAACUUGGAGACACAAAAGAGCUGGAAGACUUCAUUGCUGACCUUGACAGGACACUAGCAAGUAUGUGA